GGCAAACGAGCAACCACGGCUUUACUUGACCUAAAAUAGAGGAAGGGUGAGCAAAAUAAGUCUCAGCAGGCUCAGCUUUUGAACAGUGGUUUUGAGUGGUGAAGUUAUGUCAACAAAUUACCGGCGUGUUUAAGUUUGAAAUGGAAGUUCCAGUUGUUCCCGGAGAUUGGAUUUGUUCACGGUUUGGCUGCUCAUUUAUGAACUUUGCCAAGCGAACUGUGUGCAGGGAAUGUGGAAAAGCCAAAAAACCGGGCUUAUAUGAUGAUGUGAAACCUGCAAGUGAGAUUGAAGACGAUGAAUUUCUACAAAUAGAAAUAUCCCCAGAAGAACAAGACGAACUUUUUUUUGUUGUUGAGGAACCAGGAGGGUCUAAAGACAACUUAUACAUUUUUCAUGGAAACUCAGAUUUAACUAUUGAAACGGAUGCAGUGGUGGAGCCAACCACCGAAGGCCCCACUAAAAAGAAAAGAAACAAAACAUUCAAAAAGUUUCAACAGCAGUGCAAGAAGCAGAGGAUCGAGAGGCUGAAUGACAAGAAGAAGAAAGAAGAGGAGUUGAAAGUACAAAAUGAAACAUUGGCUAAUUCUGAUUCCACAGUUGCAACCAGCAAUACUGCAGAAAGGAUUUUCUCCUUACUUAUGGGUGAAAUUUUUGAAACACUCCGCAAGGCAGAUGAAGAUGAUAUGUCUGACUCUUUUUCGGAUAUUAGCCUUGAUUAGCAACUUGAUGGUGCACCCCCCUCGUCUUCUAUGUAAAAUUUCUUAAUAUUUGGCCAACAUUUGUCUCAAAAUUUUAUACUUAUGUACAUGAACACGAAUUCAUCGUAUUUAAAUAGUCGCAUGUUUUUUUCUCAGGCACAGACAUUUAAUAGGAAAACGUAAUAAAAUGAUUUAUAAGAA